UGUCCCCCUCCAUCAUCCUGUUACACUGCGGGCGCAUUACAUUAUAAAAUGCUUACUCUAUACUUAUCUUAAUAACAUGUCAUACUAUAGAAGAACGUCUAACAAAAAAUAUUUCUGAGAGCGGUGAAUGUGAUAGUUUCGUUUUAACAGAUACUACAGAUAGACAAGAUGACAUACUGUACUAUCGGAGAAAUAAGACAUUGACAAGAUAAUUAUUCUGCACGAUAUUGUAUUUCUUAUUCCACGACUUGGAUGUCCGAAUACUUAUAUUCAAUCGAUUGCAUGCUGUGUAUCAUAACGUUUUACGUCUGAAACUAAAUAUUAGUCAUGCUAGAGAAUUUUCGGCGACAUUACAAUAUAAAUCGAGUAUUUUUAUCAAUCUCGGGACUUUGGCCGUUUCAAAAUAAAUGUGUGAGGAAUUUGUUACGAAUUUGUUGUUUACUAGUGGAACUAAGUAUCUAUCCGAUGGAGAUACUUCUGCUGUAUGAUCAUGCGGAUGAUCCAAAAAUAAUUUUUGACGCCGGUUUUCAAUGCGUUGCUAUAACUUCUUUUAUUGGAAGGAUAUUGUUUAGUAUUUGGAAUCAUGAUAAAAUGCGACAAUUAUGCAUAGCCAUUGAUAGACAUUGGGACAUAUUCACAAACGAUGUGGAAAUUCGAAUUAUGAAAAAUUACUCUAUUCUAACACAAAGGUUUACGAUACUUUUUGCGAUGUUAAUAUUUUCUGUAAUAUUGAUAAUGAUAGCAAUACCAUUAAUACCAAUAUUACUAGAUUUUGUGAAGCCUCUUAAUGAAUCACGUUCACGAUUCUUCGCAGUCGAAGUCGAAUUUAGGGUGAAUAAAGAUGAUUACUUUCUACCAAUUCUUUGUUAUACUACUAUCGUAAUUAUGGUAGGUGCAAACACCGCAUUGGGGGUUGAUGCAAUGCACGUCGUGUGCACCGCUCAUGCGUGUAGCUUGUUUGCCGCUAUCAGUAAACAAAUUGAGAAUAUAAUUCCCAAAGAGAAUAAUAGCAAUAAAAUAAGCAAAUAUGGAUGUCAUGUGAAUAUGGAGCGUGAUCCAUUAAAUGAAGAAAUAGUAUAUCGGAAAUACAUAAUAUGUCUGAAGAAACAUCAGCUUGCUAUAGAGUUCGUUAAUAUAUUAGAUUCAUCAUUUAAAGGACUUUCAUUACUUUUAUUAUUAUUGCUUCUUGCAAAUAUAAGUCUGACUGGAAUUCGAAUUCUUUAUGUGUUAGAUCAAAUGCAAGAACUGAUAAAAUUCACGCUCUUAUUCACGUGCAUGCUAGCUGAUUUGUUGCUUGUAUGUUAUUCCGGUCAGAGAUUAAUGGACGAAAGUCAGAAUAUAUUUUAUCACGCAUACGCUGCAGAUUGGUACAACUUCUCGCCUAGAUUAAAAUCUUUAUUGUUGAUAACUCUUUAUAGAAGUAAUGUACCGUGUGAAUUGAAGGCAGGCAACAUGGUUCCGUUAUCUAUCGCGACUUAUGCGGCGGUAGUACGAAUCGCCAUGUCUUACUUUACAGCGUUCAAGUCAUUCAAAGAGUGAUUACCAAAUUUUUAUUAUUCACCGAAACGUUUCUUUGUUACAUAUGUUUGUUACCUUCUAUCUUAACGUCGAAAUAAAUUGUAUUUCAAUGAUAUAUUUA